AUGUCAGGGGAAGCAGGUGGUGGUAGUACCACGUCCUUGUUCGAAACAUGGAUGAAGGAAGUGCUCAGGAAGACCCAGAGUACGGAUCCCACCGGCACGGCACAAAAAAUUACAGAUGAAUUGAGGAAGGAUUUUGAGGAAGCAUGGAAAAAAUUGCAGAACUCCUUGAUGCAGCCAGGGGUCGGGGAAAUAGGGAAGCUCUGCAGUCCGGACUUUGCAGAAUCCAUAUGGGGUGGAGGCAAGGGGAAGGAGUUCAAGAAUGAAUAUGUCAAAGAUCUUUGUGCGGGUUUAAUGGGUAUUCGUUAUUUCAUGAGUGGUAUAACGGAAUUGGGAAGAUCGAAGGUGGAGGUCGAAGCGAAACUCAGCGAAGGUCAGUGGCUUGCUCGAUGCACUGUGGGCAUGCUUGCUCUUUCCGAAAUUUAUGGGGAUCAUUGUAAUUUGGACAGAAUUAUAGGGAAAAUAUCGAACGAGGUGGAGGAUAACUUAAGGAGGCAUAAUGGUAAAGGCAUGAAUGAUGAAAUGAUUCAUAAGUGUGAAGGAAAAGUGGAUGCCACCGCUCUUCUCAUUGGCAAAUCACUCCUCCAAGAUAAAAUCAAGCAGUGGACACAGCAGAAGAGGGACGCAGGGUUGAAGGGGGGGGGCUAUCGAAUAGGGACACUCUGGGGCAACAGAUGGUCGAAGGUAUGUAAUGAAGGAAAGAAGACGCCGGAAACGCAGGAGAGAAGGAAGAAGGAAUAUUUAAAGGCUAAUGCAAGUAGCAUGACUAAGCUCAUGAAACUGGACACCGCCCAAAAUGAGAGUAAGGUAAUGCCUUUAUCAGACGUUCUCAUAGGUGAAAGUAAAGAUUAUUCAUUGGACUUAGACAAAUUAACGAAAGUAUUUGAGAAUGCUAUGCAGAAGGACAGUACUGACACUGCUGCAGUAGCUCAGGCCAUAAUGAAGGAGAUAGCGAAAGAAUCUGAUGAAAAAUUAGCCGAAAAUUGUAUUAAGAACACAUUGGAUGACAAGGGCGGCAAGGACAAUGCUUUAUGCAAACGCCUAGAUUGCAUGAAAUAUUUAUGGCAGAAUGUACCAUCAGGAGUACAGGGCACCAAUGAAGACUUUUGGGACAGUAAGGUAAAGGCGCUGUGGAAAGAACUGUCUGAUGUAAUGGUGAAGGCAAAUGGCAAUGCAGAUGGAAAUUGUGGUCAAGUGAAUGAUAAUGGCACCCUCAGACAAGCAACUCCGUCUGAAAAGACGGCAUGCAAUUAUUUGCAUGCCGGCUUAAACGAACUGUACAAUCCGACGACGACGUCGUCGCCGACAGGCGACGAGAACAACAUCCUAUCUACAAAAAAUUCGCUGUUUAGACAAACGAUGGGUUGUUUCUUACUUCACGCGUAUGCAAAACAUAUAAAAAAAAAUGCGACUUGCAUCAUUGAUAAUGGGAUAGAGAGGGCAUUCGAUCUUGGAAAGAAACUCAGUGAUGAUUCUAAUGGUAAUUGCAGUGGUGGCAAGGGACCUUGUGUCCCUUGCCAAUGGAAUGAUACCAGCAUGGAGAAUUGCACCGUGCAGACUGGCACACAGGAAGCGGGCAUUCCAGGGGACAAAGUGGAAGGCAUCUUCAAGAAAGACGAGGACCAAAACAUUAGUACAAUGCUAACUGCAAUAAAUAAAAUGAAUAAAUUAUGUGACUAUAUGGAAUGUAUAGCAUCCCACUUAAAUUCGCCCAAUGGAAAACAAAGUGCGGAAAAAUUUUGGACGACAACCGGCGAAGUGGGACAACUGUGGGGAGAAUUGCAAGGCGCCAUGAUGGAAGAAAGCGUAAACGGACAAUGUGAUAAAAUGGAUAAUGGCAGUAGACCUGCUACCAAGCCGGAAAAAAAGGCAUGCCAGCAUCUUACAAAAUUUUUCACCAAACUGAAGGACAUUACAACGUCUAAAGGCACUGAUAACAAAAUCUUCGAUGAGCACCCAUCAUUGAAACGGGCGAUGGGUUGUUUUUUACUUCACGCUUAUGCAAAGAAGAUGAAAAAGGACGCCAAAUGUGAAAUAGAAGCAGGAAUUAAAAAAGCUUUCGACACUGCUGGUAAAGGUCUCAGUGAUAAUUGCAAUGGUUCUGGUGGCACGGAACCUUGUGUUCCGUGCGAAUGGAAUGAAAAGGACUAUGAAAGUUGCGAAAUUCACACGAAUGGCAACAAAAAAGAGAAGGUAGAAGAGAAGUUAGACAAAGUUAAGAAAAGAAUUGAGGGCACCACAACUGCCAUCGUGAACGGCAUGAACGAAACAAAGUCUUUAUGUGACCAACUCCAAUGUGCCGCAGGGAAGUGGUUCAAUGAGCACAGUAAGGGUAGCACUGGUAGUGGUACUGCUACUCCAAAGAAGACUUGGUGUCAAUUUUGGAAUGAGGGCGUCAGGCCAACAUUGCAAACGAUGUUCCAACACAUCGAGAAGAACAAUGCAAAUAAUACUAAUAGUCCAUGCGAUCAGUUUGGUGAUGAAAAUGCUGAUAGUGUUGAAAGAAGGGCAUGUAAUCAUAUCACAGCAGGUUUAGACUACAUUAAAAACAGUACAAGCAGUGGUAAUGGCAACCCACUGCUCGAUCGAGCAGUGGGUUGUAUUGCUCUUAACCUUUAUGCUGAUCAAAUAAUUACAAAAUCUGAAGAUUCAUGUCCCAUUGAUAAGGACAAAAUAAGUAAAAUGUUUGAAGAAUGGAAUAAAAAAAAUUCAUGUUCGGUUAAUGGUGGUGGUAAUAAUAAUUGUUUCCAGUGCAUAAGACAACCAAAAUUUAAUAAUUGCCAACUAAGUGUUGACAGCAAUUUGAUUAAUACACCAUCACAAUCAAAUGGAAAUUGCAAUACUGACGCAACUGAAGCAGUUAGAGUCAAAGAUCAAAUGAAUAAAUUCCUCAACGAGGACCCAUCCCAAUCCCAAUCCCCAUCUCAAUCCAUCCUCGAAGUGAAUACCACCUUAACUACUAUCACUGACAUUACAAAAUCUCCUUUGUGUACUCAACUCCAAUGCGCAGCAAAAAAAUGGAACUCGACAGAAGGCAAAAGUGGAAAACCCACUUGGCAAAACCUCUGGACAAAGGAUGGCGAAGUAGAACAACUAUGGACACAAUUGUCCGAAGCAAUGAAGACAAAUAGUGGUACAGACACUAAUGGAAAUCAAUGUGCUAAGAUGGAUGAUGGCACUCCCAAUGGUCAGAGGGAUGCCACUAACCCUGAAAAGAAGGCAUGCAAUUAUUUGCAUGCCGGAUUGACUGCACUCUACAAGACGAAUGGGGCGACGGCGCCGUCGCCGUCGUCGGGCGACGAGAAAAUCCUGGAUAAGAACCUACUGUUGAGACAAACAGUGGGUUGUAUCCUUCUUAAGGAAUAUGCAAAAAAAAUGAAAGAAGAAUCGACUUGUGUUAUCCAAUCAGGAAUAAAAAAAGCAUUUGGUUCAUGGGGUCCAAUUACUAAUGCUAAUUGCAGUGGUGGCACGGAACCUUGUGUUCCGUGCCAAUGGAAUGAUGACAGCAUUGACAAAUGCGAACUUAGCAUAAUUGACGCAGCUGGCGGAACCACCCAAAUGAAAGUAGCGGACAAAUUAAAAAGAGUAAAGUCUAAAAUGGAGAACGAAGUAUCUACCACCCUAACGAAAAUAAAUGAAAUGACCACUUUAUGCGAAUACAUUAGAUGCGCCGCACCCAAAUGGUUCAAAAAUCGAGUGACCACGUCAGGAGGAACUAGCAAUCCUGCAAAGAAUUGGUGUGACUUUUGGGAGGAGGUAGGAGUCAAACCGGAACUGAAGACGAUGUUCCAACACAUCGAGUCUGAAGCAGCGAAGAAAGUAAAUAACUCUAAUACCACAAUCUGCCAACAGUUCGGUGAUGGUAAUUCUGAAAGUGUUGAAAGAAAAGCUUGUAAUCAUAUCACAGCAGGUUUAGACUACAUUAAAAAAAUUUCAAGUAGUACUACCACUAAGGCCGGUCAUCAGGAUGAUGAUAAGUUUUUUAAACAAUCUAUGAUGUGCGCAGCACUUAACCUUUACGCAACUAAAAUAAGAAAAGAAAUGGAGAAUAGUUGUCCCAUUGAUGAGACAAAAAUAGAAGAAAUGUUCGAUAAAUGGAAUAAACAGAAUAAUAAUUCUUCAUGUAAUGGUGUUCGUAGUGUUAGUAAUAAUGGUUGUUUUCUUUGCUCAAGGCAAAAUGAAGACUUUAAGAAAUGCGAACUAAGUGUUCCCAGCGCUCUGGUGGAAACAACAAAAAAUGGGCAAAAUUGUACUGAUAACGCUACUAAAGUGGAGACUAAAAUGGACGUUCUCCUCAAAGACGAGGACACCACCAAAAUUAAAGAGAAAUUGUCCCACAUAAAUAAAAUGGACGACAAUUUCUGUACUCAACUUCAGUGCGCAGCAAAACAAUUCUACGUAAAAAAAAAAAAAGGAAAAAGCAGCGAAGUGAAUUGGAAUGCCUUGAUGGAUAAGAUCGGAAAGGAAUUAACGGCACUUUUAAAUAAUAUGAACAACGCUACAAAGCAGUCGGCUGCUGAACAGUACUGCAAUGACGCCAACGUCGCAUGGAGUACUAAGGGCCAUACAGAAAGGCGAACAAAUAGAGCAGCUUGUUUGCAUUUUGCUGCAGGACUGCAGCACAUUUAUGGCCGCCCCAACGGCCCUAAGUUGGGCCCUGUUAAUGGCCCAUCGUUUGCACAAACGAUGGGUUGUUUAUUUCUUAAAGAAUAUGCAAAACAAUUGAAAGACUUGGCAAAUAAGAAGAAACAAGGAAAUAGUUGGGUACAUCCUCUUUGUGACAUAAAGGAAGGGAUAGAUCAAGCUUUUGAAAAAAGUAAAGACAUUAUGGAAGCAUCACCUUUAUGCAACAAGAAUGGUAGUACUGAUUCUUGUUUUGUGUGCACACAAGAGGAAGAUUAUAAUAAUUGCAAAAUUGGCGAUGACGAUAUAGGAAGUAAAUCUAAUGAAUUGUUCAAAAACGAAUCGAAGCAAGACCAAAUGGAAAAAACAUUAGAGAAUACAGUUUGUCCCAUCCUUCUUACGGAUCUCCUUACCCCUUUUCUUCCUUUGGCUCCUGUCUCUAUUGGCCUUUCUGCUAUGGCUUAUUACCUUUGGAAGUAUUUUGGUCCUCCUGGUAAAGGAGGAGCACGUUUCAGAAGAUCUCCUACUGAAAUACCCGGUCCAUCAGUACAGGAACACCUACUCGAUCAUGUGGAAGAAGCCGGUCCACAUGAAUAUCGAUUAGUGAAGGAACGAAAACCUCGUUCUGCUCCAACGAGAACGAAACGUUCUGGUCGCGAUCCUGCUGGCGGUGGCCGCGUAAAUCGCCGCACGAUUAUUGAAAUUCAUUUUGAAGUGUUGGACGAAUGUCAAAAAGGGGACACACAAUUGAACCAGAAGGAUUUUCUGGAACUUUUGAUUCAAGAGUUCAUGGGAAGCGCAUUAAUGGAAGAAGAACAGGUUCCUAAGGAAGAGGUUCUUAUGGAACCUGUUCCUAUGGAACUUGUUCCUAUUGAAGAGGUUCACAGUUUAGGGUUCGUGGUUUAG